CCUGCUUGUUAAAUAUAAAGACGUUCACCAGCUACUUUAAUUUAAACCUGAAUCCACAGUAUCAAUACCCACUGAAAAGUGACACUUUUUUCCAACGUCUGCAGAAGCAUCAUUUUGGAACACAAUGGCCAGUUCUCAUUCCUGUGAGUUUUUCAGUGAUAAAGAAGCUAAAAGUCUUACAUCGCUUUAUAACGAGGGUGGACUAGCAGCUGUAAUCCCUGUGAUCAAAGAUAAAUUACACAAUUUGGAGAAUGAAACCCUUAACAUUGCAGUGACAGGUUGCACUGGCUCAGGGAAAUCAGCAUUCAUCAAUGCUUUAAGAGGUCUUCGUAGAAAUGAUGAGGGGGCCGCCCCAGUUGGUGUUACAGAAACGACAAGGGAAGCAAAGGCCUAUAAGCAUCCAAACCUUCCUGGAGUGAAUUUAUGGGAUCUCCCCGGAACUCGUUCCACUACAUUCCAGGCCAAGGAUUACCUGAAGAAGGUUGAUUUGAAUAAAUAUGACUUCUUUGUCAUAAUGGCUGCCAAAAGAUUUACAGAAAACGAUGCAAAUCUUGCCAUGGAGAUCGAAAAGAUGGGGAAACAGUUCUACUUUAUUCGUAACCAAAUUGACAUUGAUAUUCAUUCUUAUGAAUUAGAGGGCAUUGAAUACAAUAGAGAGGAAGUACUUCAAACCACCAGAAAUAAUUGCAUUUCUAAGUUAAUACAGAUUGGCAUUCAGAAACCUUGUGUUUUCCUCUUAUCAAACUACCAUGUCAACGAAUACGAUUUCACUGCAUUUACUCAAACUAUUGAAGCUGAGCUCCCAGAGAAGAAGAAGCAUGUGUUUUGGCUCUCUCUUCCUAGCGUUACUUUGCAAGUGAUAGAAAAGAAAAAACAGAUCCUGAAGAAGAGAAUCUGGAUGGUAGCAGCAGCUGCAGGUGCAUUUGGAGCAAUUCCUGUGCCGGGUUUGUCCUUUGCAUGUGACAUUGCUAUACUAGUGGUUGAACUCUUGUAUUACAGGGAGUUCUUGGGUCUAGAUCCACAGUCCCUUCAGAGGCUUGCAUUGAAUGUUGGUAAACCCCUGAAGGUUCUCACAGCAGAAGUUCAGAACCCAUUUGUGUUUGACAUAACCCCACAGUCUGUCACAAAGUUACUGAUCUCAUCUGUCUGUGGUGCUAUGAUGAUUGCUGAUGAUGCUCUCCUUGUUAUCCCUGUCAUUGGAUCUAUUCUUGGAGGAAUAACAUCCUUUGGAACCACCUACAUGAUGCUGAGAAACUCACUGGAUCAGUUUGUAGAGUCUACUCAACGGGUGGUGAAGAAAGCACUUGAAUAGAUUUUAAAUGCCUGUAUACGUUAGGUUUACACGUCACUGGAAUUCAAUUAAUUGUGAUAUUUGCAUAACUAAAUAGCUAAUCCUGUAGCAUUAUUGCGGUGUGGCAACCACUAAUCAACAUAUAUAAUGAUGUGCAUAUGUGUAGAAAAGCUCACAAGCAAGUAGGUGAACAGCAGGGGUACCCCUUCUUUAGCAGUUACGACGAGUCAAGGCUUUGAUAUGUUUGUCUUUCCAGAGCAUCCCUUUUCCAUCCAGCUGCCCCCUAUAUUGAAGUAUCACAGCUUAACACAUAAGGUAUGGUUUAAUUUGAUUAUAUUUUGGAUGAACUAAAAUCACCUCGACAACUCAGUUCCUUAACAUUAAUACCUAACCUCAGGAAUCUGAACUGCCUUGACUCUGUCACCUUGGAAAUGAGGCACAGUGGAGGAACAUGCAGACAUCUCCCCCUCCCUCCUCUAUACUGCUCUUCAGGUUCAGGACCUCGCGCUGGAAUUCCCCUCAGAAAUGUUAGAGUGUGAGAAGCAAUAGCUGUAUGUCUGUUAAAGAAUAAUAAGGUUCAACUAUUCAUGUAAUAAUUAA